GUAAUAGACGUAUAAAUGUCAAGUGAUUUGUCAGACAAUAACAUAACAUAACGUAAACAUUGAGUGAAAAUACUUACAAAAUGUUUGUUUCAUUGAUAUAAUGUUGCGAUCGAUGGAUGACUUCAUUGAUUGCAGACAUCACCAGUUGGUUCAGUGAUAUCAUUGACCAUCAGUUUGAUAACAUCAUUGACUCUCUGGUGGACAUCCAGACAGCCGUAUAUCUACUCGUAUUAGUGACGAUCAUAUCAUUGAUAAUUUGGUUGAAUUGGUUGAUAUCACCGAUGGAUUUGUAUUCAAUGGCCAUGAGUUCAACGCCAAACAACUACUUUGCGGACUUCUGGUCCUAUGAUAGUGAAGCCUCCGAAGUGAACGAUGACUUCCCGCCCACUGAAGAUCCCGUUUGGCUGUUGGGUAUUAAAUACAGUUCACUUCAUGAACUCGACGAAUUAAGAAGUGAUAUUAAGUCUCGCAUUUGGAUUACGUAUAGAAAAAAUUUUGCACCAAUUGGUGGACCUAAUGGUCAUACCAGUGACAGUGGAUGGGGUUGUAUGUUAAGGUGUGGUCAGAUGGCAUUAGCACAGGCACUCUGUGUCAGGCAUUUGACUCGKGACUGGCGGUGGACACACAAUGACACACUAGAAUCGGAUUUACAAUAUCGUGAAGUACUUAAGCUGUUUGAAGACAAGAAGACAUGUAUUUAUUCAAUCCAUCAAAUCGCACAAAUGGGUGCUUCAGAGGGUAAGCCAAUUGGCACCUGGUUUGGACCCAACACUAUUGCUCAGGUCUUAAAAAAAUUGUCUGCAUUUGAUAAAUGCAAUGAAAUAGUAAUUCACGUCGCGAUGGAUAAUAUGGUUGUCAUCGAUGAAAUCAAAAAUUUAUGUAAAAAAUCAGAUAAUAGUCAAGAAAACGGUGAAAACAAUUCAAAAAAUUCAUGGAAACCAUUAGUUUUAUUUAUUCCGUUACGUUUGGGUUUAUCUGAAAUAAAUCCAAUUUAUUUUAAAUCACUUAAAACAACGUUUGCAAUGAAGCAGUCUCUGGGAAUAAUAGGUGGUCGACCUAAUCAUGCCUUAUAUUUUAUCGGUUGUGUUGCCAAUGAUUUGGUAUAUUUAGAUCCACACAAUACACAGCAUUUUGUUGACUUAGAGCAGUCCGACUCCGAUGACUCCAGUUAUCACUGCCUUAAGGCCUCCCGUAUGGACAUUAGUCUUCUGGAUCCGUCAAUAUCUUUGUGUUUUUAUUGUGACUCAGAACAAGAKUUUGAUAGUUGGUGUCAUUUAGCACUACAAGUGUUAAGAUUAGGUGAAAAACAAUCGUUAUUUGAUUUGAUUAAAGAAAGACCUUAUCAUUGGCCUCAAUAUGAAGAACAGUGUGAUUCAGUUAUCUCAUCGCAGCCAACCUUCAGCUCAAUUAAUUCCGAACCGUUUACUGAACUCGAGACAAAUGGUGACUCUGAUGACGACGAGUUUGAAUUAUUGGGUUAAAUGUUAAAAAUAUAAGAUUUUAAGACCAAUUUUGUUAUGAAAUUAAAUAAAUAUUUUAUAAAUUACUGAAAAAUUGUAUAUUUUUURUUUAUUUAUUAAAAAAAUCAUUAUUUUUAA